UUGCCCGUUGGCGGUUAAAAUCUUUACAGUCGGCUAAUAGUAGAUAUAAUAAGGCAGAGCUAAAUUUUCUUGAUUUAUUUUAUACCGAUUAUCUGAUUGAUCUGUUUCUGAUACAGAUUUAGGAAUAGUAGUGAAGUAAUACUAUUAAUGUUUUGAAUGUGUUCACUAUUUCGGCCCGAACAAAUCAUCAGCCUGGAAACUUCGGAAGAUUUACGAAACCCAUGAUCAAGUUGGAACGUCUUCUGGGCCAUCACGGGCAUAAUACUUCUUUUAAAUAAGUUCAUGAAGAUCUGUAAAUGGGCCUUUCAACAAGAUGCGGUUGUUGAUAGAGGAUCAACAUGGCUUUUGAAAUUAAUGCAGUUGCUGUCAAUUCCAUUCAGUCCCAACGAAAUCCGAAUCGAUAGACCUGGUGGCGGUGGAAAUACCAUACCGCUAGCAGAUGGCUGCAAGAAAAGAGUGGGUUUCAUCUCUGCCUAUAUUCCCAGCGAGACAGACUUCAACCCACCAACAAAAGAGCUCGAAGAAACUGUAAUAAGAUACAGAGGUAAGAGAACUCCUAUUAUUAUUGGUUGUGAUGCAAACUCACAUCAUGUGGCGUGGGGUAGCACUAACACUAACAAAAAAGGAGAACUACUGAUAGAGUUUAUUGCAAGUAAUAAUCUUGAGAUCAUGAACAUUGGGAAUGUCAACACCUUUGUCACAAAAUCAAGGCAGGAAGUACUAGACAUCACAUUAGCUACUGAAGAUAUUUUUCACUAUGUCAAGGAAUGGAGGGUUGAUCAAGAUGAUUCGUUUUCAGAUCAUCGUAGAAUAAUCUUCCAUAUAGAUUGCAUAGUAGAAAAAGCUCUUUUUAGGAACGCAAGGAAGACGGAUUGGGGAAAAUUUGCUUCAAUAGUUAGCAAACACUCAUCAAACCGUUUCUGCUAUAGUAAUUUGGAAGAACUAGAAGAAGGAGCGAGAGAACUGGAAAGAGUUCUCUCAGACGCCUAUAAUAUCGCGUGUCCACUACGGGAGAUAAUGCCAGGGAAAGGCAAACCUUGGUGGAGUAAAGAAUUAAAUAAGAUAAGAAAAAAAGCCCGCAGAGCUCUCAGAGUUGCACUCAAAAAAGACAACGAUGACAGCUGGCGAGCUUACAGGGAAAUUAGAACAGAAUUCCGCAAUAAGUGCAGGAAAGAAGAUAGAAAUGGCUGGCAUUCUUACUGUGACGGAAUAACAGACUACUCAGGGGCCGCACGGCUGAUGAGGGUGCUAGCAAAGGAUAGAACUUGUAAACUUGGUAGUAUCACUAUAGACAAUGAACUAGUAUAUGAUCCAAAACGGGUUCUGUGCGAAAUGAUGAGAACACAUUUUCCCGGGUGUCAGGAAAUAAGUAAGGAAAAAGUGAGGUGCUCUAACACGUUUGUUGACUGGUCAACAGCAGUGAACAUCAUGACCGAAGAACAAUUAGAAUGGAGCAUAAACUCAUUUGCGCCAUAUAAGUCAGCAGGACCGGAUGGCAUACUUCCGAAAAUGCUGCAAACAGCAUACAAAUAUAUAAGUAAUUCACUAUUAGCACUCUUUAGAGCCAGUUUGGCAAGCGGACAUCUACCUCUAAACUGGUGCAAAGUCAAAGCGAUAUUUAUCCCGAAGCCAGCGAAGGGAACCUAUCAAGAAGCAAAAUCUUUUAGAUGCAUAAGUCUAUCAUCUUUCAUAUUAGAUUUUUAUUUUAUUCUUAAGCCUUGGAAAAGAUAAUAGAUGGACAUAUAAGGACUAAACUAGAGUCGAGCGUCCUGCCACUACACGAUAAUCAGCACGCCUAUAUGGCAGGUAAAUCAACUGAAACAGCUCUUCACAAUCUAGUGGUGAAGAUAGAAAGAUCAUUCAAUAAUAAAGAAUUAGCACUUAGAUGCUUUUUCGAUGUGGAGGGAGCAUUCGAUCAAGCGAAUCGAAAAGCUAUAGAACACUCUUGAACGAGAUGGAAUAGAGAAAUUAGUACAAUGCUGAGUCAUGAACAUGCUAAAGCAUCGCACGAUAUCGGCUGAAAUAGGUAAAGAGACGAUCACCAUAAAAUCGAACAGAGGCUUUCCUCAGGGUGGAUGCCUAUCGCCUCUAUUAUGGUGCCUCUUAUUAGACUCAUUGGUUAAAAAAAUCAAUGAAAUGAAGAUAUACAUGCAGGCCUACUCCGAUGACGGGGUACUCCUAGUCGCAGGGAAAGACCUUAACACAGUGAUGACCAUCAUGAAGACUGGUAUAAAGACUACGUUAACAUGGUGUCGGGAUAAAGGACUUAAUCUUAAUCCUACGAAAAACGAAACUAGUACUUUUUACCAAACGAAGGAAAAUAACACACCUGACACCAAUUGUAAUUGAAGGUGUGGAGCUAGAAAUAAUUAAAGAAAUAAAAUACUUAGGGGUUAUACUUGAUCAACACCCUAAAAUUUAGUACGCAUAUACGUGAACAAUGCAACUAGGCUAAAGUAACACUCAUACAGUGUAGAAGAGCUGUGGGCAGAGUCUGGGGUAUGAGGCCGCAUAUAAUGAAAUGGAUAUAUACGGCGAUUAUACUUCCUAGAAUUCUGUACGCUGCAAUAAUAUGGUGGAACAAAGCUGAAGUUAAAACAAACUGUAAGGGCCGGCGCUCAUAUGGCGGAGCGCAGCGCAGCGCAUGCCCGCGAAUUUUUCUAAACGAGUGACACAUUACGCGAAUUUCUACCAGAGAAUGCGCGAGUAUCCGCGCGGAUGCACGAGUAUGCGCAUACUCGACUCACUGUCGUCAUUCGUAUUGCAAUUUUUCGAGAGUGUAAACGUGUACAUCCGUGAAUAAAAUGAUGGAUUGGGACGUGCUUUUGAUUAAAUUACUUGCAGAAGAAGAAGAAGAGGAAUUUAUAAAGAGAAGAAUAAUUGUAGAGAGAAGAAAAAGAAGAUUUUGGGUAAAUAAAAUUUGGCAGUCAAGAUGUGUAGAUGGUGAAUUUCAUAAAUUGUGUAUUCAUUUGAAAGGCGUAAAAUUUUAUGACUAUUAUAAAAUGGAUUAUCAAAAAUUAAAAAAAUUAGUCGAUCUUAUACGCCCGCAUGUCGAAAAAAGAAAAUCUAAAUUUCGUUCUACCAUUUCGAUUGAAGAGAGACUAACUGUAUGUCUAAGAUUCUUAACAACAGGUACCAGUUUCAAAGCUCUGUCUUUCAAUUACCGCAUGGGAUAUAGUACUAUACGAUCAAUCGUUCAUGAAACGUGUGCAGCUAUCUGGAAAAUACUCAGACCUAUAGUUAUGCCUAAACCUACGGAGGUGUUAUGGAAAGCUGUUGAGGAAGAUUUUAAAAAUAUUUGGAACUUCCCAAAUUGCAUUGGCGCUAUCGACGGCAAGCACAUUCGAAUAAGGGCACCUAUAAAAAGCGGAAGUCAGUAUUUUAAUUAUAAAAAGUUUUUCAGUACAGUGCUUCUAGCCGUUGUAGAUGCAAAGUAUAGAUUUGUAAUUGUUGAUAUUGGUGCGUAUGGGCGCAACAGUGAUGGUGGUAUAAUGUCUCAUUCUAAAUUGGGUCAAAAAAUGCAAGGAAACAGGCUAAAUAUACCACGAAAUAAAACUUUGCCUGGAACAAACCAAGUUUUACCGCACGUAUUUGUAGCAGACGAAGCCUUUGCCUUGACGGAGAACAUAAUGCGCCCAUAUCCCGGAAACCAAAUUGAAGGAGACCGGAAGAAAAAAAUGUUUAACUAUAGAUUAAGUCGAGCUCGACGUAUGGUAGAAAGUGCUUUUGGAAUUUUAAGGCAGAAAUUUGAAAUUUUCGAUAUAAGUCUAAGAAUACAGCCUAAAUAUUUAGAUAACAUAAUACUAGCUUGUACAUGUUUGCACAAUUAUAUAAUAGACGGCGAAAAUUUAAGAUACGAGGAUGUGAUAAAUAACUCAUCAAACAGCACAAUUUUUGAAAAUAUCAACGAUAUAUCUCAUGACGAAGAUAGUGCUUUGUUACCAAGGACUACACGAGAAAAAUUUAAGGAUUAUUUUUCAGAAGAAGGGUGUGUUAACUGGCAAAAUGAUAUCAUAGAUCGAUGUUAAUACUCGUUUAAAUGUAAUAGUAGUUUAAAAAUAGUAAAACAUGCAAUUUUAAAUUUUUUUAAUGAUGUUUUUACCUACCUGUUUUCCCUGUUUCGGCAGAAAUUUUUUCCCACGCAUUUCUUUUCAUAAGCUUAUCACUGUAAUUGUGUGACUCGACAUUAUACAAACAACCAUAAGCUUGAAUUAGUAAAAUCAAUUUUUCGUCGUCCAUAUUUUUUAUCACUGCAACGCAUUCACUAAAAAAAGUACUGUACGACACGAGUGUUGACAACAAA